CACUUUCUGCAAUUAACCCUCUGCAGCAGCGCUUGCUAGACCAACAUGCUCGGCCUCACUUCCGCCUCCUCCACCGCCGCCACAUCAGCGAAAACCGUCGCCGGCACCGCCUAUCCUCGCGUUGCGCUUCAUUCAUUGACCACCGGAGCUAACUGUUUCUUCAACCGACAACAGUUUUUAAGGACGCCAUAUAAGCUAACUUUUCACUCAAUCAAAGCCAUGGCUGAAACCCUCGCUACUCCCGCCCCUGGUUCCAAAUCAUCUACUUCAGGAAAAAGGCAAGCUUUGAUAUCACUUUCUGACAAGAAGAAUUUGUCCAUGCUUGGCAAUGGAUUACAAGAACUAGGGUACACAAUUGUUUCAACCGGAGGAACAUCAAAUGCUCUAGAGGCUGCUGGGGUUUCUGUCACCAAAGUUGAAGAGCUUACUCAUUUUCCUGAAAUGCUUGAUGGCCGUGUAAAAACUUUACACCCUAGCAUUCAUGGGGGUAUUAUGGCUAGAAGAGACCAGGACCAUCAUAUGGAAGCCCUUGAUAAACAUGGAAUUGGUACAUUUGAUGUAGUAGUGGUUAACUUGUAUCCAUUUUAUGAGAAAGUUUCUUCUUCUACUGGAAUUUCAUUUGAAGAUGGUAUUGAGAACAUUGACAUUGGAGGACCUACUAUGAUUAGAGCUGCUGCAAAGAAUCAUAAGGAUGUUCUGGUUGUGGUUGAUUCUGAAGACUAUCCCGCACUCCUGGAAUUUCUUAGAGGAAAGUCAGAUGAUCAACAAUUCAGAAGAAAGUUAGCUUGGAAAGCUUUUCAACAUGUUGCUUCAUACGAUUCUGCAGUUUCUGAAUGGUUGUGGAAGCAGACUGGUGGAGAUGAUUUCCCUCCUGGCCUUACGGUGCCUCUUUCUCUAAAGAACUCACUCCGGUAUGGUGAAAACCCCCAUCAAAAGGCUGCAUUCUAUGUUGAUAAAUCUCUGUCUGAGGUUAAUGCUGGUGGUAUUGCAACUGCUGUUCAACACCAUGGCAAGGAGAUGUCAUAUAAUAAUUAUCUAGAUGCUGAUGCAGCUUGGAAUUGUGUAUGCGAGUUCAGUAAACCAACAUGUGUAGUUGUGAAACAUACAAACCCUUGUGGUGUUGCUACAAGAAGUGAUAUUAUUGAAGCAUAUAGGCUUGCUGUCAAAGCAGAUCCAGUUAGUGCAUUUGGUGGGAUAGUUGCCUUCAACGUAGAGGUUGAUGAGGAUCUUGCUAAAGAUAUCCGAGAAUUCAGAAGUCCAACAGACGGUGAAACUAGGAUGUUUUAUGAGAUUGUUGUUGCGCCCAAGUAUACAGAAAAGGGUCUUGAGGUUCUUCGUGGAAAGUCCAAGACUUUGAGAAUCCUUGAGGCUAGUAAAAAUAGCAAGGGAAAGCUCUCACUUAGACAGGUUGGUGGGGGUUGGUUAGCUCAGGAGUCGGACGAUAAGACCCCGGAAGACAUUCAGUUUAAUGUAGUUUCUGGAAAGACUCCACAAGAAAGCGAGCUCAGCGAUGCCCAGUUUGCAUGGUUGUGUGUCAAGCAUGUGAAGAGCAAUGCGAUUGUGAUAGCGAAGAACAAUUGCAUGCUUGGUAUGGGAAGUGGACAGCCAAACCGUCUCGAGAGUUUAAGGAUAGCCUUGAAGAAAGCCGGGGAUGAAGUCAAAGGAGCCGCAUUGGCCAGUGAUGCUUUCUUUCCAUUUGCAUGGAACGACGCUGUAGAGGAAGCUUGCCAAAGUGGAGUUAGCGUAAUAGCAGAACCAGGAGGCAGCAUCAGAGACCAGGAUGCCAUUGAAUGCUGUAACAAGUAUGGAGUAUCGCUGCUUUUCACCAAUAUAAGGCACUUUAGGCACUAAACUAUAUCGGCUAUGGUUUUUCCCUUUUGAUGAUAUCUUGGCUAGGAGCACAAGUCGAGGAGAGAUAUGUAAUAAUAUGCAGGCUUAUAUUAAUGUCA